AUGAGGCUGUGGGCGUUGGCGUUGACGGCGGCGUGUGCAAUGGCAGCGCUGCCUCGAGGUCAGCCAGCGUCGACUUGUCCGGAGUCGGGCAUUGCACCGCCGUCAGAAGUCACUUUAGCAGCAGCAGCCGAUGGCGCGGACGACGUGGCCAUCCUCGUCAAAGACGCGGACUGCGAUGAAGUCACGAUCGAAGCCACGAGCUCCGAGAACCCGGGCGAGUACCGGAUCAACGCCAGCUACGUCGACAUUGAGGUCGUCGAGAGCUACCCGGCCGUCGCGAGUCUAUGCCUGUGGAACAACAAGAUCAAGACGUUCAAGGCCGUGGGGACGUCCGUGACGGAAAUAGAUAUCACGAGCAACCAGUUGACGUCGCUGGAUGGCUUGGAGUUCCCCUCGAGCGUGUUGAUGCUGACGCUGGAUCUGAACGCGCUCACUUCCACGAAGGCUUCAGACUUUCCUGAGAACCUGCAGAAGCUCUACCUGCGCAAGAACUCGAUCGACUCGCUGGCCAAGUUCCGCUUCUCGUCCUCUCUCCAGUAUUUGUAUCUCAACGGGAACCAGCAGCUCGCGACGCUGGAAGGCGCAGUGUUCCCCGACAGUCUGCAAUACCUAGAGUGCAGCGACUGUCGUGUUACCGAGAUCGUGGGCGUCACCUUCCCUUCCAGCCUCAAAAAGCUGACAGUAGGCGGAACAACCGUGACUAGCUUCAUCAUCCGCGAGUCCGAUGUCGACGUACUAAAGAGCGCGCAGCUCAGCCUCACGGUGAGCCUGGAUUCCGACGCUUGCUCGAGCGUAUCCGGUACCGUCACGGACAUCUCGGACAGCAUUUCAGCCUGUGUGCUCGACGACACGUCGUUCUCGAGCCUGUACCCCAUUACCAGCAGCGAUGACUCUGGAUCCACGACCGAAACCAGGUCCACAUCAGGCUCCAGCACCGCAUCCGGUACCAACGAAGGCAGCGGCACCAGCACUGGGAGUACAGCAACCCAAAACUCUGGCGAAUCAGGAACUACCGUCGUCACGAUCAAUGAAGGAUCAAGCUCCAACGUGGGGUUGAUCGCCGGUGUAGCUGCAGCCGCUGUCGUUGUGGUGCUCGCGAUCAUCGGGUUUAUCCUGUAUCGGCGACGUCGGCAAAGACGCCAACAAGGAGACUCCAAGGGUGAUGGUUUCCUGGCUCUAGACUCGAGCAAAAUGGGCGAAACAGGCUCCGACACACGCACGGUCUCGAUCCCUCCUUCGUCUGGCAGCGGCUACCUCAGCAACGACGUUCGGAACGACGAGGACUUGAUUCCGUACCGCCUGCCUAUUGAAGACGUCGUCAUCCAGAAGGAGCUCGCAAGCGGAGGCUUCGGUGUCGUGCAUCUCGCUCAGCUGUACGGCCAGCGCGUGGUCGUCAAGCAGAUCCUGCCCAAGGCCAUGUCCAAAGACCUCCUGCGUCGAUUCAUGGACGAGAUCCGCUUGUUCGCGCGCAUGGACCACCCCAAGAUCGUGCACUUCAUCGGCUUGGCGUGGACGAAUCUCAUGGAUCUGUCGCUCAUCGUCGAGUACAUGCCAAGGGGGGACUUGACCACGCUGCUGAGGCAGAAACGCAGUGAAGAGGGCAGUCGUCGGACCUUUUCGUGGGUCGGGGAGAGCUCCCGACCUCGAAGUAAAGUCGAUAUCGCAUUGGAUACAGCGGAGGCAUUGGUGUACAUGCACUCGUUCGACCCGACGAUCAUCCACCGCGACAUCAAGUCCCGCAACGUGCUACUGAACCACGCGUGGGAAGCCAAGCUCAGCGACUUUGGCAUCUCCCGAGAAACGUCCGACGAGUCGACGAUGACUGGGGGCAUGGGCACCACCGCCUGGAUCGCGCCGGAAGUUCUGCAGGGCGAGCGGUACUCGGAACGCGCCGACAUCUUCUCGUUCGGCAUCCUGCUGAGCGAGAUGGACACGUGCGGCCACCCGUACAACAGCAACCGGUCCGAGGAGAACGCGCUCACGGACGCCAAGAUCGCGCUGUUGGUGAGCACGGACGCCAUCAAGCCCACGAUCGAGGACGACUGUCCGCCGGAGAUCCGCGACUUGAUCCUCCAGUGCGUCUCGUUCAACGCCGACGAGCGGCCGACAGCCGUCGCGCUGCACUAUCAGCUGCGGAGCAUCGCCAACGCGUGCCAGGACGUGGUGAUGAUGUAA